AGUGUGACACCAUGGACUCCACUCGUCCGCCACUCCUCCACCUGUCGGGUUACCACAUAUCUCCAGAUUUAGGCUUCCUGCUCGAAGACGCACUGGAGGUGCUGCCGGAGUAUUUCCAGGCCUGGAAUCACCUGUCCAGUCCGUCCGUGUACAUCCCUCUCCUCGAGACUCAUGGACUACGACGGGAAGUGAACAAGAUGACUGUUCUUGACCAUACACGCCUGACUGGACACAGACAGCUCCGACUGGCUCAUCUCCAGCUCUCCAUCCUCGUCAACGGCUACGUAUGGCAGGACGGUGACCAAGGUGUUCCAAAGAGCAUUCCGUGUUGUCUAUCAGUGCCGUUCUGUGGUGUGUCCAGACUCCUAGAAAUCCAGCCCAUCCUGUCUCACUGUGACGUUGCCCUGGCUAACUGGGUGGUCAUCGAUAAACAAAGACCUCCAACCUUAGACAACAUCCGGGUCCUGUACAAGUUGCCCGGGGGUGAGGAGGGAGCCUGGUUCUUUAAGGCCACGGUGGGCGUGGAGCUGGCCUAUUGUUCUGCUUUACAGCCUUUGAUGUGUGCGGUGGAGGCUGCUGACGUCGGAGAUGCCCAGACUCUAGCAAAGUGCCUUAAGAGCAUUGCGGCUACCGUGAACAACAUACAGGCAGCGCUGUCCAGAAUGCAUGAUGGGCUGAGUGCAGACACAUUCUAUAAUGUGAUGAGACCUUUUCUUACAGGGUGGGGAGGAGAGGGUUCCCCUUUGCCGGAGGGGCUCGUGUAUGAAGGAGUAAAUGAUGAACCAUUACAGAUGACCGGCGGCAGUGCUGCCCAGAGUUCUACGGUACAAAGUCUGGACGCCGCCCUGGGGAUAACACACGCUCCGGACAUCCAGGCGUUCUUUGACAAAAUGAAGCCAUAUAUGCCUCGCUCCCACCGACAGUUUUUGGACGACAUCCAGACCAGGUCAAGGAUCGCCACCUAUGUGCGUACGAGUUCCAAUGAAGAAUUAAGAGGCGUCUACCAGGAUUGUAUCAAAUCAUUGGUAGAUCUUCGUAGCUACCAUAUACAGAUCGUCACUAAGUACAUUAUAGUGCCAUCCGGCAAGAAAAAACAGGAGGAGGAGAAAUACAGAUCUGUGUCUAACAAAGGGACGGGUGGCUCUAGUAUACUACCAUUUUUGAAAAGUGCCAGGAAUACAACAAGGGGGACCGACGAGUCCAUGUGAUAGAGUGCCAGGGGUACAACAAUGGG